AGGAUUCGAACUGCGGGUUCGGUCCUCCAGGGCCAUAGAGAGGGCAGGAGAGAGCAGCCGGGCGGCUUCCCGCCGGCAGCGGCGGUUCCCAUGGAGAUGGAAGAUGGCGGCGAGGAGCCGCCAGCGCUCCUCGGCCCCGCUGCAGGUCCUGCUCUUCCUCAACGGGUGGUACAGCGCGACCUACUUCCUGCUGGAGGCGUUCAUCUUCGCCUACAAGGUGCUGCUGCUGCCGUACCCGCUCACCAACCUGCUGCUGGACGUGCUGCUGCUGCUGCUCUACCUCGGCGUUGAGGCCACGCGCAUCUUCUUCGGUUCCAAGGGCAACCUGUGCCAGCGCAAGGUGCCUCUGGCCGUCUGCCUGGCCCUCACCGUGCCGGCGGCUGUCAUGGCGACCUACUGCCUGCUGCUGCAGACCUACGCCCUGCGCCUGGAGGCCAUCCUCAGCGCCAUCCUCCUGCUCUUCUACGCAGUGGAGCUGCUGCUGGGUGGCCUGGCGCUCACCUCCUUCUCUAGCACAGAUGCGUACUGAGACCCUGCAACAGAGGACCACAGCAGCACAGCAUUGUCAGAAGAAAUCACUAUUUUCCAAUAAAUAUGUAUUUUUA